CUGGUCUCUAAAGGUUGCUGGCUGGCUGGAUGGGCUGUCUGUCUGUUACUGUCGGGACUCCUAGCUUGCACACUGGGAACCAUAUUUCUCGGCAGCAACGAGCAUCAGCACAUGUGCACUCAAGCCAUCGCAGCAGCCGCACGCUCAUCCCACAGGCGGCUCGGUACGCGUGGCGCACGAAGCAGUUGACCGUUCACGAACAAAUCCCUGUUCCGAUUAUGGCAAAUUUGCAGGCCAUUCCCAUGCGAUUCUGCGAUUCUGCCACUGCAGUGUUCGAGCCCUUGCGACCCGAGAGCUUGGCAUCGGGGUCACCGGAACGCAUGGCAUGCGUUCUGAUGUCGGCUUCAAGGUUAGUCGGGCACCUGGGCUCAGAAGUCGGCUUGGCUUUGAACCGUGCAGGACGACACCAGAUACUCUCUGGCCCGGGGACAAAAAUCUCUUGCCCAUCCGCUCCCACCAGCUCAGCUCUGGACGCCCGUGCCUGCUCGUCUGCUCCCAGCCGGGAACACACGGCUCGUGAAGCCUGGUCGUCGGGACUUGAAAGGCGUGCGCAGCUGAAAAGUCGACAAAGGCACGGAAGAGCAUUGGCAACGCCGGUUUCUUCGGGCGGUCUUGGCCUUUUAACGAGUCGAUCGUGCUCAUGCUCCUCUCCUUCAUCCGAUAAGGGCUGCGCUUUGGGCUCGGCCCGGGGCUCGGGCGCGCACGUUGGCGUCGUCCAGACUCUAUUACGGGAUGCGGUUCUUGCGCUCCAGGUGCGUUGUCGGAACUCGGAGCACGCGCUAUCACGUUGGUGGCGACGCCGUUCAUCCAAGCUGCCGCGUUUUAGUUCAGGAACGCCCCUUUCUCGCCGCCGUAACCACCACAGAGAGGCCACGAGGAUGCCAACUCCAUCCAGGGGGCCUCUAACAACGCUCGCUACCUACCUAGGUAGGUACAUCUAGCCCGCGAAGGGCGAGGUCCGGCGACCAUACUGGCCACGUCGUGGUGCUGUUGUGAACAGACACACGAGACCAUGUUUGCUGCAGGCAAGGGUUCGCUUUGCACGAUCGGGAGAGUGAAGGUAAGGGUCAGGUUAACGACAGAGAAGGAGAGCCCAUACGCCCAAUUCCAGAUGCCAGUCAACCAAAGAGGCGUGAUAAUGUCUGUGGAACAUCUUCCACAGCCAGGUCUAUUCUGUAAGGGCACGGCCUUACAGUACCAGCUCCCUGCCGACUCGGGUCCGCAUGCUAAAGCCACCUCGUGAUAGAUGGUGCUGGCGCCACUUGCACGACCCGGCAAGAUGGAUGCCAAGUCGACCCAGGCAAGCCGUCUUGGAGCCUCAUGUGGUCUACUAGGCCACCCAGCGUUCGUGAAGAACAC